CGGCGCGGCUUCUCUUUCAUGGAGCUUUUCUUGUCACAGUAUCUCUCUCGUCUGCAAUUUGUGUAACGUAGCGCAAACGAAAGACCUGUGCAUACAAAGGGCGAGCAGCAAACCUGGAUGCAAAGCAAGUGGAGUGAAGAUCCUUCUUGGUUCUUGGGGCUGCCUGAAAAGAUUGGAGUACGGAAGACCGCAAGCUCUGGAUCCAGGCGUUGCAUCAGCGGUAGUGCUGUCGUGUGUGUUUGUUCCUCGAGAGGGGGUCUGUGUAACACCGGUACUUGGAAAACUCUCCAGAAAGCUGCUCUUUUAGCAUUUAGAUAUAGAUAGGAUCAGCAGAGGGGGGUUUUCCGCAUCUGUCUUGCAUGCUGAACUAUUUCUGGGGUAAGGGACCGAAAGGCCCCGAAAUGGGGCAGGAAGAGAAGGGUAAAGCAGGGGACAGCGACACUUCUGUUGGGAGCGGGAGUCCUGCUGCUGAUCCGGCAGAGGAGUUAAAGUCUGCGGCAAAUGAGGCGUUUAAAGAUCACAAGUUCGCGCACGCGGUUGACUUGUACACACAAGCGCUAGAAAUAAGAAGCGACAAUGCGAUCUUAUAUGCCAACCGCGCGUUUGCACACAUAAAGCUGGAAGAGUAUGGCAGCGCAGUCGAAGAUGCGUCAAAGGCGAUCGAGAUCGACCCUUUGUACCCAAAGGGAUAUUAUCGGAGGGGAAGUGCUUAUGUAGCGCUGGGCAAGUUCAAGGACGCUCUCAAGGACUUUAGACAGGUUGCAAAGAUCAGGCCUCGAGACCCCGACGCUCAGAAGAAGCUCAAGGAAUGCGAGAAGGCGGUGCAAAAGCUCCGAUUCGAGGAGGCCAUCGCGCAGGAGGAGCAAGACCAUCCGUCUGUGGCGGAAACGAUCGAUGUCUCGAGCAUGGAAGUGGAGCCUGCCUACGAUGGGCCUCGCUUGGAGGGCGACCAGUUGACCCUCGAGUUCGUCAAGGAGAUGUUGGAAACUUUCAAAAAGCAGAAGAAGCUCCAUCGAAGGUACGCGUUCCAGAUCCUGCUUCAGAUACGGGAGAUGCUGAAAAGCACGCCGACUCUGGUGGACGUCACGAUCGCCCCGGGGGCGCACUUUACUGUCUGCGGAGACGUACACGGACAGUUCUACGACCUCCUUAACAUCUUCGAACUCGAGGGCCUCCCCAGCCUCGAGAACCCAUAUCUCUUCAACGGAGACUUCGUGGACCGGGGGUCCUUCUCCGUCGAGGUUAUCUUCACGCUCUUCGCCUUCAAGUGCCUCUACCCCACCGGCCUGUACUUGUCGCGCGGCAACCACGAGAGCCGCAGCAUGAAUAAGAUCUACGGCUUCGACGGCGAGGUGAAGGCCAAGUACAGUGACAACAUGGCGGAGCUGUUCGCCGAGGUGUUUUGCGCGCUCCCGCUCGCGCACCUGCUCAACAACAAGGUUCUGGUCGUGCAUGGGGGCCUCUUCAGCCAGGACGGGGUCAAGCUGGACGAUAUUCGCAAGAUUGAUCGCUUCAGAGAGCCUCCGGAUGAAGGCCUGAUGUGCGAGCUGCUGUGGAGUGACCCAAAGCCCGGCACCGGUCGCAGCCCGAGCAAGCGGGGGGUUGGUGUCGCGUUCGGGGAGGACGUCACCAAGGCGUUCCUGGAGGACAACCGGCUAGACCUGAUUGUGCGAUCGCACGAGGUCAAGGAGGAAGGCUACGAGAUCGAGCACGACGGGAAGCUCGUGACCGUCUUUUCCGCGCCCAACUAUUGCGACCAGAUGGGCAAUAAGGGCGCCUUCAUUCGCUUCAAGUCGGACAUGAAGCCGAAAUAUACGAAGUAUUCCGCAGUGCCCCAUCCGAACGUGCGGCCAAUGGCGUAUGCCAACAAUUUCUUGAACUUCCUGUCUUAGCGCUGGGCCCUGCGGGCUUUGCUUAAGCCCCCAAAUUUGCGUAGCUCAUACCACAGGUUUCGGAAGUCAAAAGUCCUUGGGAGGAGAUCGGGACAGCUCGCAAACCGCUUGCUUGUAAGGCUGUGCCGAGGUAGUUUGGCGCAAGUUGCUCUCUUAUUUUGGCUUGUGCGGAAGACCAUCUUCUGACGUUAGGUAUUCAUUCUUCUGGAAGUUGGGCAUGCUCACGAAGUGGAAGCUGUAAGCGUCAGAGCCUAAAGUAGUGAAAGUGAGUCGUUUUUAACGUGGACUAAUUCGAUUAAAGAUCAGAUCGCAACGCGGCCCGUUUGAACCUUCUUUUGGCUCAUGUCGAAACGGACUGACACGAACCACCACUGCCCGAGCAUUCGGUCAACGCCAACUUGACAUACUUACAUAACAUGUCCCCUUUAGAAGCUCGGGCCUAACAUGGCAAGUCACUGCAUGCCUAGGCGUUCCUGACACAUUGGCUUGUCACCGUCUGGAC